UUUAACGCGCUCGUCUUCCAAACUGCAGUGUUGUCAAUGCAGGCAGAUUUUGGUCGGCGGAAUUAUUUAAACUAAAGUUACCCGUGUUAACUUUCUGCCUCUGGGUGUAACAGUGUGGUUUUGCUUCGAGGGCUCGUAUGCCUGUUUGUAAAGAGCGCUCGCUGUACAAUGCUCCGCUUCGUGUUGUCGGUGUCGGCGCUGUGGUCCUGUUUGAUGAACUCCGGACCAGCUGAAGGAUACUUCCACGAAGAGCGCUGGAGCCCGGAGUCUCCUAUAUUAGCUCCCCGAGUAAUGAUCGCUCUCAUCUGCCGUAACGCCCAGCACUCGCUGCCGCAUUUCCUCGGUACUAUCGAGCGCCUCGAUUACCCUAAAGACCGGAUCGCGCUGUGGGUGGCAACUGACCACAAUAUUGACAACACUACUUACCUGCUGCGAGACUGGCUCAUCAAUGUACAGAAACUAUAUCAUAAUGUGGAGUGGAGGCCAAAGGAGGAACCAAGGAAAUAUUAUGAUGAGGGAGGACCGAAGGAUUGGACGAAUGAGCGCUACGCCUACAUCAUGAAACUGCGGCAGGCAGCGCUCGAGUCUGCACGUGAGAUGUGGGCAGACUAUCUGAUGAUGAUUGAUUGUGAUAACCUCCUGAUCAACCGAGACGUCUUGUGGAAGCUGAUAAAAGAAAACAAGACAAUUGUGGCACCAAUGAUGGAGUCUCGUGCUGCAUAUUCAAACUUCUGGUGUGGAAUGACAUCCCAGGGCUACUAUAAACGAACGCCUGCCUACAUCCCCAUGCGCAAGCAAGUGCGUAGAGGUUGCUUUGCAGUUCCCAUGGUGCACUCCACUUACCUGGUUGAUCUGCGGAAAGAAGCCUCCAGAAUGCUUGCUUUUCACCCGCCACAUCCAGACUACACCUGGGCCUUUGACGACAUUAUAGUCUUUGCUUUUUCAGCCCGGAUGGCAGAGGUACAAAUGUUUCUUUGUAACAGGGAGAUUUAUGGGCACCUCCCAGUGCCUCUUCGAGCUCACAGCACCAUGCAGGACGAAGCAGACAGCUUCAUUCAUACUUUGAUGGAGGUCAAUGUGCGAAAUCCUCCAGUUGAGCCUUCCAGAUACUUGCCCAAACCUGUCAAAAGACCUGACAAAAUGGACUUUGAUGAGGUGUUUAUGAUCAACCUGAAGCGGCGGGUCGACCGUCGUGAGCGCAUGCUAAGGUCCCUGAGAGAGCAAGAAAUUGCCUGCAAGAUUAUAGCAGCUGUUGAUGGCAAAGCUAUGAACGUCAGUGAGAUCAAUGCUAUGGCAAUCCACAUGCUUCCCGGCUACAGUGACCCCUACCAUGGCAGACCUCUGACAAGAGGAGAGCUGGGCUGCUUCCUGUCCCACUAUAACAUCUGGAAAGAGAUUGCAGACAGAGGCCUGAAGACCUCGCUGGUGCUUGAAGAUGAUUUGCGGUUUGAGAUUUUCUUCAAGCGCCGCCUGCAGAAUCUGAUGCGAGAGGUGGAGAGUAAGGGUCUGGACUGGGACCUCAUUUAUAUUGGGAGGAAGAGGAUGCAGGUGGACCGACCAGAGAAGGCAGUACCAAACAUUCGCAACUUGGUGGAGGCGGACUAUUCCUAUUGGACCUUGGGCUACAUGAUGUCAUUACAAGGAGCCAAAAAGCUCCUCAAAGCAGAACCACUCAGUAAAAUGUUACCUGUGGACGAGUUCCUUCCUAUUAUGUUUAAUAAGCAUCCUGUAUCGGAUUACAUGGAUCAGUUUGAGCGAGAGGACCUGAAAGCAUUUUCAGCAGAGCCCUUGCUUGUGUUUCCUACACAUUACACGGGUGAACCUGGGUACAUCAGUGACACAGAAACCUCCACUGUGUGGGACAAUGAGAAAGUGCGCACAGACUGGGACAGGAAGCGCUCGGGUAAAACCCGGGAACAGGCUGAAAUCAGCACAGAGGCCCAAAACUCAGAUGUGCUCCAGUCUCCUCUGGACAGAACAGCUCGAGACGAACUAUGAGAGAAAUUGUUUUGGACACACCAUUAGACUUGCUUCUGGGGGCAAAGUCCUCCGCUCUAUAAGCACAAUAUAUCUGACCAGAAGAGGCAUUUUCAGAAAUUUUUUUUUUAUGUUUGCCUGAAAAAAAUAUAUUUUUGCGUUUAAUCAUUUGUCCCUUUUAUUUGGAGAUCAAAUUUGCCGGACUGCGCUUUCUGAUCUGUUCUUCACUGUAUCCUGUGAUUUAAAAACACCAGGAACAUUCCUGAAUAUCUUCUUAGGAGAGAAGUUAGCAGGUAUACUAAAUGUAAAGUUUGUAAGGAUGUACUUAAGGGCAAGUCUUGAAAGAUUCAUAUAGAAUUAGUUCACCUAAAAAUAAAAAAAAAUGACUGAAAAUGUACUCACCCUCAGGCCAUCCGUGAUAUAGAGGACUUUGUUCUUCACCAGAGCCGAUUUGGAGAAAUUCAACAUUAUUUCACUUACUCACCAAUGGAUCCUCUGCAGUGAAGGGGUGCCGUCAGGAUGAGAGUCCCAAAGAGCUGAUUAAAAACAUCAAUUAACAUCUUGUGAAGUUAAAAGCUUUGGGUUUGUAAGAAACAAAUGCAUUAUUAUGGCAUUUUAACUUUAAAUCAUGACUUCUGGCCACAAUAUGUGUUCAUAAUCCAUAACGUCCUCCAGCCUUGUCUAAAACAUGAGAAUGUGCACAGAUUAGUAUGAAUAAUAAUAUGUUGGUGGAUUUUGAUUAGAGAGGACGACAGGAGAUGGAUGUUUUCACUGGAGGAAACUUUAUUAUAGGGCUUAUGUAUUAUGUCCAGAAGUGCCCUAAUAAUAGAUCUGUUUAUAUGAAUUACAUAACGCAUUAACUGAUAGACUCAAGUCGUGUGGAUUAUUCUGAUGUUUUUAUCAGCUGUUUUGACUCUCAUUCUGACGGCACCCAUUCACUACAGAGGAUCUACUGCUGAGCAAAUGAUACAACUCUAAAUUCUUUUAAUCCUUCUUAGGUUAAAAAAUAAGAAGAAAACAGGAGCUAUGAAGGAUUUUAUCUUAAGGAUAUUUUGUUAAUCUGUCCACUGAUGUUUUUAGAACAGUUCAAUCAAUCUGAAAGAAAAAAAACCUGAAAUAAUCACACGUAACUAAUAUUUUUUUAUGCGGUGUUCACAAUCCAGAAAUGAACGUAGUCGUUCUUAACAAUAAUAAAAGAGACAUGAAACAUGUUGUUAUUGUAAGGCAUGAAGCAUGUUAUUUUAACUUGAAGGAUGUUGUUAUUUUUAGGCCUUGUGAUACCAUUAACCUCUUCGGUGGUG